UCUACCUUUGAAAGUAGGUGUCACUCAUAAAUCAUAAUUACCAUUUACAAUGAUAACUAUACUAUUCUCAGCGCUUGCGGUGAUGCCGUUCUAUUUGUUGUUCCUCUGUAACCACAUCCAUGUUGUUUCCGGCAUUUGUCUCGAUGAUCAGAGGUCUUUGCUGCUCCAACUCAAGAACAACUUCACGUUCAUCUCAGAAAGUAGAAGCAAGUUGAAGUCGUGGAAUCCGAGUCAUGAUUGUUGUGGGUGGAUAGGGGUGUCUUGUGACAAUGAGGGACAUGUUACUAGCCUUGACCUCGAUGGAGAAUCAAUCUCUGGUGAAUUUCACGAUUCGAGUGUUCUUUUCAGUCUCCAACAUCUCCAGAAACUGAAUUUGGCUGAUAACAAUUUCAGUUCUGUAAUUCCAUCUGGAUUUAAGAAGUUGAAUAAGUUAACUUAUCUGAAUUUGUCACAUGCUGGCUUUGCGGGUCAGGUUCCAAUACAUAUUUCUCAGAUGACAAGGUUGGUUACUCUUGAUCUCUCCUCUUCUUUUUCAACAGGGGAAGUGCUGAAACAACUUGAGAUCCCAAAUCUACAAAAGCUUGUCCAAAAUCUCACCAGUAUUAGGAAACUGUAUCUGGAUGGUGUAAGUGUAACAGUUCCAGGACACGAAUGGUGCAGUGCAUUGAUCUCACUCCAUGACCUGCAAGAACUUAGAAUGUCAUAUUGUAAUGUCUCAGGUCCGCUAGAUGCUUCCCUUGCAAGACUUGCGAAUCUAUCAGUCAUUGUUCUUGAUUACAACAAUAUAUCAUCCCCAGUGCCAGAAACAUUUGCACGUUUCAAAAAUCUGACCAUCCUAGGUCUUGUUAAUUGCGGGUUGACCGGAACAUUUCCACAGAAGAUCUUUAACAUUGGAACAUUGUUAGUUAUUGACAUAUCUUUGAACAACAAUCUACAUGGUUUCCUUCCUGACUUUCCAUUGAGUGGAUCUCUCCAAACCUUAAGAGUAAGUAACACUAACUUUGCUGGAGCAUUUCCACACUCUAUUGGUAACUUGAGAAACUUAUCUGAAUUGGAUCUUUCUUUUUGUGGAUUUAAUGGAACAAUUCCCAAUUCACUGUCAAACCUAACAAAACUCAGUUACCUGUAUCUGUCAUAUAACAACUUCACAGGUCCAAUGACAUCAUUUGGUAUGACCAAAAAGCUUACCCAUUUAGACCUUUCUCAUAAUGAUUUAAGUGGUAUAGUUCCAUCAUCUCACUUCGAAGGACUGCAUAAUCUUGUCUAUAUUGACUUGAGUUAUAAUUCUUUCACUGGGAGCAUUCCUUCAUCCCUUUUUACACUCCUAUCAUUGCAAUGGAUUUGGCUUUCUGAAAACCAGUUUAGUCAAUUGGAAGAAAUCGUAAAUGUGACAUCCUCUAAACUAGACAUCCUUGAUGUAAGAAAAAAUAAUCUCUCUGGGAGCAUUCCUUCAUCCCUUUUUACACUCCCACUGUUGCAAGAGAUCCGGCUUUCCCACAAUCAAUUUAGUCAACUAGAUGAAUUGGUUGAUGUGUCUUCUUCUAUAUUACACACCCUAGAUUUACGUAGCAACAAUCUAUCAGGGCCUUUUCCAACAUCUAUCUACCAACUCAGUACACUCUCUGUCCUCCAACUUUCUUCAAACAAGUUCAACGGGUCGGUGCAGUUGAAUAAGCUUUUUGAGCUUAAAAAUUUUACCAGCCUAGAACUUUCACUCAACAACUUAUCAAUCAAUGUAAAUGUUACAAUUGUUAGCCCAUCUUCAUUUCUCAGCAUUAGCAAUCUAAGAUUGGCUUCCUGCAACUUGAAAACUUUCCCUAGUUUUCUGAGAAACCUGUCCAGAUUAACCUAUCUAGAUCUUUCAGAUAACCAGAUUCAAGGAUUAGUUCCUAAAUGGAUUUGGAAACUACAAAAUCUCCAGACCCUUAAUAUUUCUCACAAUUUGUUGACUGAGUUGGAGGGACUUUUGCAGAAUCUUACGUCCAGCUUGUCUACCCUUGACCUUCAUCACAAUAAACUUCAGGGACCAUUACCUGUUUUCCCUAAAUAUGCUAACAUUUUGGAUUACUCAAGCAAUAAAUUUAGCUCUUUUAUCCCACAAGAUAUUGGUUAUUACCUGUCUUCCACAUUUUUUCUCUCUCUUUCAAAUAAUACUUUGCAUGGCAGUAUCCCCAGUUCCCUCUGCAAUGCUUCAUCACUUCGACUGCUUGAUAUUUCCAUGAAUAACAUUUCUGGAACAAUUCCCUCUUGUUUAAUGACGAUGAGUGGCACUCUUGAGAUAUUAAAUUUGAAGACCAACAAUUUGUCAGGCCCUAUUCCUGAUACAAUUCCAGGUUCCUGUGGUUUGUCGACUUUAAAUCUUCAUGGAAAUCAAUUCAAUGGGUCAAUUCCAAAGUCUCUUGCUUAUUGCUCAAUGUUAGAGGCAUUGGACCUUGGAUCAAAUCAAAUAAUUGGUGGCUUUCCAUGCUUUUUGAAGGAAAUAUCCAUGCUUCGUGUCUUGGUUUUACGGAACAACAAAUUCCAGGGUUUCCUAAGAUGUUCUAAUGCCAAUAUGACUUGGGAAAUGCUUCAAAUUAUGGACAUCGCUUUCAACAAUUUCAGUGGCAAACUUCCAAGAAAACAUUUCACAGCCUGGAAAGGAAAUAUAAUGCAUGAUGAAGAUGAAGCCGGAACAAAGUUUAUAGAGAAGGUUUUUUAUGAAUCCGAUGAUGGUGCUCUAUAUUAUCAAGAUAGUGUGACAGUUGUCAGCAAAGGUCUAAAGCAGGAGUUGGUUAAAAUUUUGACAAUAUUCACGUGCAUUGAUUUCUCAUCCAACCAUUUUGAAGGAUCUAUACCAGAGGAGUUAAUGGAUUUCAAAGCACUCUAUAUCCUGAACUUGUCAAACAAUGCUUUGUCUGGUAAAAUCCCAUCAUCCAUAGGUAAUAUGAUACAACUAGAGUCUUUGGACCUUUCACAAAACUCCUUGAGUGGAGAAAUUCCUGUGGAACUUGCAAGAUUGUCAUUCAUUUCGUACUUAAACCUCUCAUUCAAUAAUUUGGUGGGACAGAUCCCAACAGGUACCCAAAUUCAGUCAUUUUCAGCUUCUUCCUUUGAAGGCAAUGAUGGGCUAUUUGGUCCUCCAUUGACUGAAAAACCAGAUGGAAAAAAGCAAGGGGUGCUGCCACAACCAGAAUGUGGAAGGCUAGCUUGCACAAUUGAUUGGAAUUUUGUUAGUGUUGAACUGGGAUUGGUUUUUGGUCAUGGAAUUGUUUUUGGUCCACUCUUGAUUUGGAAGCGGUGGAGGGUAUGGUAUUGGCAACUUAUUCACAAAAUUCUUUGUUGGAUCUUCCCUCAAAUGUAUCUUGAAUAUGUAACCCAUAGAUCAGGACAAACGUACACAACUUUAAGGUGGAGGAAUUAGUGAUUAACAAUGAGUGUACAAGUAAAUGAAGUAUUGAUACAAUAUACCUUCUAAAUGUUCCUUUUUUCCAAAUUCCAUAGUUUUAAUUGUUUUAUGUCUUAAUGGAAACCGAAAAUAAAUAUGCAAGGCAUAUGCAUUGGAACUUUGGAAAUAUAUUGUUAUAUUUUAACGAGUACUUUGAUAAAUUAUUA